AUGACAAAAUUAUCAAAAAUUUUAAUUGGAACUGGUUUCUUAUAUGCAAGUUAUCAUAUCAACAACUUGGUUAAAGAAUAUAAAAACUUUGUUUUAGAAGACGGAUAUAAUUUAUCAGAUUUUGGAUUUGAAGGUGGUGAUGAAAUUACUCGUCCAAAAAAGAAACAACAAAGAAAAGGAAACCAACAACAAUUAGCAGAAUCAUACCUUGAAGAGUUAGCUCUUUUAUCACAACGUGGUAAGAAUGCUUUUGAUAAAGGUGAUUACAAGCUUGCUUUCCAAUGUUUCGAUCGUAUUGUUGAAAUCUCACACGAAUACCCACCAUUCUUCCAAUAUGCCAGAAAUGCUAAUUUAUUCUUAGUUAGAAUUGCUCAAGAAGCUGAUGAACCAGAAUUAUUUGUUAAAUAUAACAAAGCUUAUAUUGAAACUUUCGAAGAUCCAAAGACUGAAGAGCUCUUUGAAAUCAUUAAAUGCACUGAAGAAGUUACAGAAAAACUCACCACAUUAGGCAGUAUUUCAGAAGCUAUCGAUUUUGCCAAAUCAAUUCUCAAAAACAAGAAAUAUAGUUUUAGUGAAAUUCACAAGAUUCAUUUAUAUUCAAUUUUAGCUUCAAUCUACAAAAAGAAUGAAAAAUACCUCAAAAAAGAAUUAGAUGCUAACUUAAAAUGUGUUGAAUAUGCUAAAAAUACUGGUGAUAAAAAUGCUUAUGCAAAUUAUCUUUACGAAUUAAUUCAAUAUUAUAUUAGAGUUAAAAAUGUUGAAAAAAUUGAAGAAUCAAUGAAAGAAAUCGAAAAACUUGUUUCAACUCAACUUUUAGUUCCAAUCUUCAGACUUCUUUGUACAAACUUUAAAAAGAAUAAUAUGUAUGAUUUAUAUAUUAAAACCCAAAGAAAGAUGAUUACUUUAGUUAAAAAAGAACCAACAUUAAACAAAGCUAACAUUGAAAGCGUUGUAAAUUCUUGCCAAAACAAUAUUGCUACCAUUCUUUACGAAAAAGGUGAUGUUGAAGAAUCAUUAAAGAUCUUAAACGAACUCAAGAGAUCAGAAUACCUUUCAUUUGCUCCAUUAACCGAAACCAAAUAUUUAAUUUCAAAAGAAGUCUCAUCUGCAGAUGGUGUUCAAAAGAUUGUUAUCAGCGUCAAACCAAACUCAUUACCAGAAGAUACCACUAAUAUUAUUGAAUGUGAAUUUGAAGGUUCAUAUUAUCUUAAUGAAGUUGCUGCUAAUGAAGAGCCAAAAGCUGAAGAACAAGAAGAACAAAAACCAGUUGAAGAAGAACAAAAACCAGUUGAAGAGGAAUCAAAAUCAGUUGAACAAGAAGAACAAGAAGAAAAACCAGUUGAAGAAGAACAAAAACCAGUUGAACAAGAAGAACAAAAACCAGCUGAAGAAGAAGAACAAGAAGAAAAAUCAACUGAAGAAGAAUCAAAACCAGUUGAACAAGAACAAGAAGAACAAGAACAAGAACAAGAAAAACAAGAACAAGAAGAAAAACCAGUUGAAGAAGAAAAACCAGCUGAAGAAGAAAAAGUUGUUUAUGAAGAAGUUGCUCCAGUUGUCAUUGAAAAAACAAUCGAAAAAGAAGUUGAAUUCGAAAAUGAUUCAUCUAAAUUAAAUCCAACCGGUUGGGUUAUCUCGCAACUAUUAAAUUAUACAAUCACGAUAAAUCUGAAUUACUUUCAACCCAUUUGCAAGUUAUCCCAAUGCAAACCCCAAAACAUAAAUUAA